ACCAUUUUCUACUUGCCAGAGCCGAACUGGUCACUGCAUGUUCCUAAAACCCUCUUUGGAUUGUGAGUUAGCAGCGGCAAUGGAGAAACUCUCGAUCUCGAUUGUGCUAGCAAUCUCACUGCUUCCCUUUCUCUGCUUCUCUUUCUCGCCGGAAUCCCCAACCGAUCGCCGGAUCCUAGUCUUGCUCGACGAUUUCUCUCUUAAAUCCUCCCACUCCAUUUUCUUCAACUCCCUCAAGUCUCGCGGAUUCGGCCUCGAUUUUAAGCUCGCUGACGAUCCUAAGCUCGCACUUCAGAGAUAUGGCCAGUUCUUAUACGAUGGCCUCGUUAUCUUCUCUCCUUCCGUCGAGAGAUUUGGAGGUGCAUUGGAUUUAGCCGCUGUGCUUGACUUCGUUGACUCAGGCCAUGACUUGAUUAUAGCCGCUGAUGCUUCUGCUUCUGAUUUCAUUAAGAGCAUCGCAACCGAAUGUGGGGUCGAUUUUGAUGAGGAUCCUUCCGCAAUGGUCAUUGAUCAUAAAAGCUAUGCAGUCUCGAAGACUGAGGGUGAUCAUACGUUGAUUGCUGCAGACAGUUUCAUUGAAUCUGAUGUUAUACUGGGAAAAACUAAAAUUGAGGCCCCAGUACUUUUUAAAGGUAUUGCACAUUCUAUAAAUGCAGCCAAUGGCUUGGCCUUGAAAGUCCUUUCAGCUUCUCCUUCGGCAUAUUCAGCAAAUCCUAGUUCCAAGCUAUCAAGUCCCCCAUCACUUACUGGAUCUGCCAUCUCAUUGGUUUCAGUAGUUCAGGCUAGAAACAAUGCUCGGAUUCUGAUCACUGGUUCCUUAGAUAUGUUUAGUAACCGGUUUUUCAAAUCAGGUGUGCAGAAGGCUGAGAGCACAACAAAAUAUGAGAAAUCAGGUAAUGAGCAGUUUGUGACUGAACUUAGCAAAUGGAUUUUCCAUGAAAGAGGUCAUCUAAAGGCUGUUAAUCUUGGACACCACAAAGUUGGAGAAACUGAUGAACCUGCAAUAUAUAGGAUCAAAGAUGAUCUGGAAUUUUAUGUUGAGGUAUACGAAUGGUCUGGGAAGAGCUGGGAACCAUAUGUUGCCAAUGAUGUUCAGGUUCAGUUCUACAUGAUGAGCCCUUAUGUUUUAAAAACCCUCUCAACAGAUCAGAAGGGUCUGUAUCAUACAUCAUUCAAGGUGCCUGAUGUUUAUGGGGUUUUCCAAUUCAAGGUUGAGUAUCAGAGGCUUGGAUAUACAAGCUUGUCUCUUUCCAAACAGAUUCCAGUUCGGCCCUUCAGACACAACGAAUAUGAGAGAUUUAUAACAACUGCCUAUCCCUAUUAUGGUGCUUCUUUUGCCACGAUGGCCGGCUUCUUUAUCUUCAGUUUUGUCUACCUUUACAACAAGUGAGGUCCUAUCAUAGAGGAUUGAAUUUUAUUCACAUGUUUAAUGUUUUUCUUAAGCCUUGUGGAGAAAUAUCUGGGGGUUUUCUCACAAAAGUUUCACCUCAAGUUCACUUUAGAAGGGAAUUAGGAUAUGAUAUAAUUGUACUGAAGUGUCCAGCAUCGAUUUCAAAUGGGUCUUUCUACCUAUAGAAAGUUGUUGCUGGUUCAUAUUAGGAUUGCCAGACCACAGUUUGAUUAGUCUAAUUGAAUUUACGAGUCAAGUGGUUUAAUUCAUAAUAAAUAUACUUUGAUAAGAUUAGGUGUUUUAAAAUCAUUGGAAAAGUCGAAGUGUGCAAUCGGAUGGACGGGUAAUGAUUAUUAUUAUAAUUUUUUUCCUUCUAGAUGUCUUGUCUUUCCCCCUCCUGAAAUGAAGAUUGAUUAACAAAAGAGCCUCUAAUUAAGGAGGGGGGAUCCUAGCUGGACAAAUUCUUUGUUUCAGUCUUAUUUGUCUCCUUUAUAUCAUUAUGUCUUGUCUCCGAUGGCA